UCGGAGCACUGCUUGCCAUGGCUUGGAGAGGUUGCUGCAGGUUGGAGCUCCAGCUGCGAAGGAGCUUUGGGCGCAACCAGGCAUGGGGGCGCAGGGGGAUCGUCUCCUGCAUUGAUCCUUCAGCAGGUUUGACAGAAGAACAGAAGGAAUUUCAAAGAGUUGCCUUUGAUUUCGCUGCCAAGGAGAUGGCCCCACACAUGGCUGAGUGGGAUGAAAAGGAAAUAUUCCCAGUGGAAACUUUGAGAAAAGCAUCACAGCUUGGUUUUGGUGGAAUCUAUGUGCGACCCGAUGUGGGGGGCUCCGGACUGUCCCGGCUGGAUACCUCCGUCAUCUUUGAGGCCCUGUCGACGGGAUGUGUCAGCACGACAGCCUACAUCAGCAUCCACAACAUGUGCGCUUGGAUGAUUGACACCUUUGGGAGCGAAGAACAAAGGCACAAGUUCUGUCCCUCGCUUUGCAGCAUGGAGAAGCUGGCUUCUUACUGCCUGACCGAGCCAGGAAGUGGGAGUGAUGCGGCUUCCUUGCUGACUUCGGCCAAGAGGAAAGGCGAUACAUAUGUCCUAAACGGCUCCAAGGCCUUCAUCAGUGGCGGUGGUGAUACAGAUGUGUACGUGGUCAUGUGCCGUACAGGAGGGCUAGGCCCCAAAGGCAUCUCCUGCUUGGUGCUGGAGAAAGGAAUCCCGGGGCUGAGUUUUGGAAAGAAGGAGAGGAAGAUGGGCUGGAACUCCCAACCGACCCGGGCUGUGAUCUUUGAGGACUGUGCCGUCCCGGUGGCCAACCGACUGGGAGAGGAAGGGCAGGGCUUCAACAUUGCCAUGAAGGGUCUGAAUGGAGGGAGAAUUAACAUUGCUUCGUGUUCGUUGGGUGCCGCACAUGCUUGUGUCCUCUUGGCGCGGGAUCACCUCAACGUUCGCAAGCAGUUUGGGGAGUUCCUAGCAAGCAGUCAGUAUCUCCAGUUCCGUCUGGCUGAGAUGGCGACACGCCUGGUGGCAGCACGGCUGAUGGUACGGAACGCGGCUCGGGCGUUGCAGGAGAACCGGGAGGAUGCUGUUGCUCUGUGCUCCAUGGCCAAACUCUUUGCCACAGAUGAAUGCUUUGAGAUCUGCAACCAAGCCUUGCAAAUGUAUGGCGGCUAUGGGUACCUGAAGGAUUACACAGUGCAGCAGUUUGUGCGAGAUAUCCGAGUGCACCAGAUUUUGGAAGGUACCAACGAGGUGAUGAGAAUGAUCGUGGCCAGGAGUCUGUUACAGGCAUAAAUGCAAGAGCUGGUCUCUUUACACUCUGUCCACUCCAACAACUAUGGAACUCUCUCUGUUGCUUUGAUAAUCACUGCUUGAAACGCACAGUGCUUCCGUACUAAGCAGUGCCAGGCAACAUCGCAGCGCCAGGCGGGUGGGGACAAACACCCCCAAGAUCUAAAUGGAACCGUUUGUCCUUCAAGUCCUCCCAUCUCUGAGCCUUCUGCCAAUAUUCUUGGGAAAGAAACGUCGCUGGUUAGAAUUGGCCAGCCGGUAUCUUUGUUGUUAUUGUCUUCUAGUUUUCCAGCCUGCUCUUGCAUCAGACAUAGGUACGGCCUACUAAUGGGCGUGAAGGCCAAGACAAAGCCCUGUGGAUUCAGUGCAGGCCGAGGGGCGGGAGGAUCUUCCUGGUCAAUCGACAUUUUCUGGAGAUGGCGCUUUCCCCCCAACAAAGGGCUUAUGAAACCACAGAGGCCUCUUGAAGUUCUGCCUCUUAAUCCAGCCAAAGCUCCUGUUUUAGUUCAAGCAAUGGGAAAAGAGGUGGAUGUCGUAUCUUGGCUAUCCGUAAUCCCAUCGCACUAUCCCCACAUAAACCGUCAAUCUUCCCCACCAUCAAAUCGAGCGCUUAUUCUUCUUACCAUUGGAUCCCGUUGAUCACGCCAAAAGACUGAAAACCCUCACCUGGUGUCCCGCUGACCUUCAGUGUGCCCCUUUUCAAAUGAUCCAGCAAGGAAAGGAAUCAAAAUGCUGAUAGUUUUUGCUUUUCAAUGUUGGAAUCAAUAAAAACUUGAUUCUCUUUC